AUGACGGCGCACAUUGAGCUGUGGAAGGUGGCUUCAGAUGGCACCAUUGCGGCCGUGCCGCAACCGACAAAUGCUCUGGACUCUGGUGCGGCCUACGUCCUGCUGGGGAACCAAGAUCCUCGUCGGGUGUUCGCCUGGAUCGGCUCCUCGGCCACUCAGGCUGCCAAGGAGGGGGCGCAAAGGCACGCUGCUGAGCUGGUGGAAGCCAUGCCCAGCAUUGCGGCCAGCCUCUUGCACAUGGAGGGCGGCGAGAGCGAAGCCUUCAGAGCGCUGGGUCCGGCUGCAGAUAGCGCCAAGGCAUGGGACAGCAGCAUCGCUGUGGCAGCUCGCAUUGCGGUGACCCUGGCCCCCGGCGAGCAAGUGUUCCCUGUGGAGGAACUCAAGGGGCUGCGCGCCGAGAGCGGGAUCAACAUGACCCGCAAGGAGGACUACUUGUCACCCGCCGACUUUGAGAAGGUGUUUGGCAAGACGCGGGAGGAGUUCAAGGCCCAGCCUGCCUGGCGGCAGACCCUGGCCAAGAAGCAGGUCGGCCUGUGGUAG